UUAAUUAAUUAAUUUCUCGGAUAUUUGAGUAAUUUUUAAUUUAGAUUUUAUUGACAUUAGGGGAUGAUUGCAUUGCGAUGAUUGGCGGAUCGUCUUAUGUGACGAUUAGCAACAUAACAUGUGGGCCCGGGCAUGGUAUAAGCAUUGGGAGUUUGGGGAAGAAUGGAGGAUAUGAUACAGCUGAACAUGUUAGGGUUGGUGAUGUUGUAUUCAUUGGAGCUACAAAUGGUGCUAGAAUCAAGACUUGGCAGGGAGGCAAAGGCUACGUUAGAGACAUUUUGUUCGAGAGAUUGUUGUUCCACAACACGGGAAAUCCGAUCAUCAUCGAUCAAUUCUACUGCGAUCACGCGCACUGCACAACAAGCGAAUCGGCAAUAGAGAUCCGUAAUGUGACAUACCGACAAAUACUAGGAACUUCGAGGAAGAAGAAGGUUGCAGUGAAAUUGGAUUGUAGUGAAACUGUUCCAUGCAGAGAUAUUGUAUUUGAAGAUAUACAUAUUAUUGGAAUUGAUGGCAAAAUUGCAGAUUAUGAAUGCAGAAAUGUAUAUGGAAGAUCUCUUGGAGACAAGGUUCCUAGGUUAUCUUGCUUGUACUAGAUUUAAUUAGGGCACAAAUUAAAUUACCUUUUUUU